GUUGAUGAUUUCAGCCGUCAGCAUAAAAAUUAACAAUUGACCCUUUUAAGUUUUAGAGGUUUAUGUCUGAGACGUUAUUGUGCUCCACUGAAGAGAAGCCCGAAAAAAAAAAUCCAAUUAAAAGAAAGUGAAAUUAGCGAUUGUUUAGUUUAUGGGGUAGACGAGGUGUCAUAUUUCCUCUUAAAAGUCGCAAGGCUCACCUUAAAUUAAAACCGACCAUAACCGCAACUCUUCUUUUAUCUCUCAUAUUAUCCUUCUCUUAUCUUCGGCUACCACUGUAGCUAGCUAAUUAAAGCUAUUAUGGAAAGGAUAUAGGUUUUGGUGCUAUUUUAUAGGAAACCACUCCGGCUUCAAUUAUGUUCCCAUAAGAUGACCAUGCACCUGAAAACUGGGGCUUUUCCAUGAUAAGAUUAUCCUUAACGUUAUUUGCUAACUGCUAAAAGCUUGAGAAAUACCGGAGGGGGACAGAGAAAUUAUCAAUACUUCUAGUCGAUCUGUGCUACAAAAACACUGACGUGGUGGAGCCAAUUUCCGGCUGAUCAUUGUGGGUUCGAUAUAAUUUGGAUGGCUUUGAAGACGAUGAUGAAGUUUCUUCUUAUGGCGAUGUUGUCCUUCGUGUGUGAAUGUCGCUAUCCCAAGAAUGGUUUGUUGCUUCCGAUGAACUCUUGGGCCAUCGCAAAGAAAGGCCUUUGUCCUGAGGGAGGAGGUGAUAAAAAUGCUGGCUGUCGACACUGGAAGAAGUUAGGCUUCUGUUUACCUGGCCAAAAUUAUUAUCAAUAUGUGACGAAGACGUGUCCAGCCAGUUGUGAACUCUGUCAAGCUCGUCCUACUCCGCCGCCCAAACCUCACGUUGUUAAAGUGAACGUCUAUGAAUGCCUUAAAGCCCAUAAUUCCAAGCGUACUUUGCACAGGGCCAGACCGCUGACCUGGGAUAGCUCAUUGGCUAGAGAGGCUCAAGAUUGGGCUUUAGACCUUGCAACCAGGAAAAUUAUGGAGCAUUCGCCAACCAACGACGACGGAGAAAAUCUUUACGAGUCAUCUGCCACUAGCUCGAAGCCAGCAACAUGCGAGGAAGCAGUGGAGGCCUGGUAAGUUGAAAGCUAAAAGCUCUUCAUCUUGCCGGGUUUAUUUACAGUAUUUACUUAUGCAUAUUAUGGGUAUACACGUUGAAUUAAUGGUCAUCCUCGAAAGGUGUGUUUCUUUGGGAUCAUCCGGUUCAGGAUUAACGAUUCAAGAUCACUCGGAACAAAGCGCAUCAAAGGAAUCGAGGAAUUCACCCUGGCUAAGUACUAACCGGUUCCUUUGGUGUACCAUAAUACAAGUGUUCUUGGAUCAAUGAUCCUAGUCCAUAUCUUCCAAAGAAACCCACCCUGACAUAAGAGAUGUUGAACGUUUGAACUGCUGAAAUGCAGAUUAAUUAACUGUGUGGCAUUUCUGUCGUGGACGCAUAGAAACUUAGAACCUGGCAAACCCCUUCCAUCAGCGUUCAUGAAGAAUGGCAGAAAUCACAUUUUCUGGAAAGUCUGUUUUAGAUAUGAUUUCAUCGGAUACAAGAAUAUUUACAGGAACUGGAUAUGCCCUGUCCUUAAUUUACUGAUGUGGGCAACGGAGAUGUGUUGUUAGUCCUCCCUCAACCUCCCUACCCCCGCACCAAGUUUCUCCUCUCUAAUUAGCCACCCCCACUUUUUUAAGCCCUCCUUCCCAUGUAGUUUCUUAAAAGAACAGACUGUAUUACACUGCAUUGAUACAGUGUCAGUCUAGCUAGCAGUACAGUAAUUGUGAGUUUUU